GUUUCGUUUUUCGUAGCUCACAGCUUACGUCCCACUUUAAGUUUCGUUUCUGGGUCUUUAAAACCUCAGCUGACGGCCGUGAGGAGACAGUGUGACAACAUGUUCUCAUGGGGAGAGGACGCUCAGCGGGGCUUCCGGCUGAAGGACGGCUCGCUGCUCGACUGCACAGCGGAUGGUGGCGUACACAGGCUGGACCUCGGCUACCACGUCACACACCUGUCCGCGGCUCACAGUGUGCUCGCCUUCGUCAAAACUAAUGGAAACGCGUUCAUCAUCCGCACGAAUGAGAGAGAAGAUGGCACAAGAGUCAGAGGGAAACAGAAGUUUGUCAAAUACAAAGAGAAGAUUCAGGCCGUGAGUUGUGGUGAUAAUACGGUCACACUGCUGUCUGAGAGGGGAAAUGUGCUCUGUGUGGACACAAACCACACUUACAUUCCUCGGCCCCUGGAAGCUUUGAGUAACACUCCAGUGUCUCAGGUUGCCUGUGGAAGUCAGCAUUCAGUUGCUCUGACCAAAGAUGGUCAGGUGUACACAUGGGGCCAGGACUCCAGGGGCCAGCUGGGUCUGGGGAAGAGGAAGCUCGGCGCCAACUCACCCCAACACCUCCGCUCUCUGUCAGCGAUCCCUCUGGUCCAGGUCGCUGCAGGGGGGGAGCAGAGCUUCGCCCUCUCUGUCUCUGGAGGUGUGUUUGGCUGGGGCAGAAACGACUGUGGACAGCUGGGGCUGGGAGACACAACAGAUCGACACACACCAACCUCUGUUCAUUACCUGAACAUGAAGAAAACUGUUCACAUUUCCUGUGGAAAGGACCACACUGUCACAUUGACAAAGACUGGUGUAGUGUUCACAUUUGGCUCUGGUCAAUAUGGACAGCUUGGGCACAACUCAUUCAGCAAUGAACUACGACCUCGGAUUGUUGCGGAGCUCUGGGGGGCCAAAGUCACAAAGACUGCAUGUGGACGACAUCACACAUUAGUGCUGACAGACUCCAAGAAGGUCUACUCCUUUGGGUGUGGUGAGCAAGGCCAGCUGGGCCACGGAGUGGAGACUCAUCCGUCUGUGCCGCUACCUGUUCAACUGCCACAGGUUUCAGACACCACCUGUGAUCCAAAAAUCAAAAACAUCUUUGCAGGAGGAAACUGUUCGUUUGCAACAUGCACAUCUCAUGAGGAAGUUCACGAGGAAUCAAACACUGACACAGUCAACAAUGUAGAACAGCACUGUCUCGGUGGCAUGAUUGACAAGUGGACCUCUGAAUGUGAUUCAAAGUCAUGGAAAAAGAUAAAACAGGAAAUUCACAGGACCUUUUCCUCUGCAUGCUGUGUGAAUAAAAGCUUCCUUGAGCAAAGCAAAGACAAACAUUUCCAGACUUCACCAAAGUACUCUGGCUUGAAAUUAUCACAUGCAAGAUGCGCUUUCAAGAAACUGGUGAAAAAGGACCAUGUUUUGACAGAGGUUGAGACUGCUGUCCUGCACUUGCUUCCUUCCCUUGAUAAGAAGCCAGUUGGAGUGGAGGGGUUGAGGAUCUACCCACUGCUCAAUGAGCUCCUACACGUGAUCCAGAGACAAAAACGGCAACAAAUGAGCACCAAGCUCGCCGAGGCAGUUGCCUCUGCUGUACUAAGCUUGUCCGUUGACAGCCUCAAGGUCAUAGGGGACUGGUGGUCCACCCUGUCACCUUCCACUAUGGCUAAACAUGUUAAGGUGUGGAAACAAGCUCUCUCAGUGAUCCUGACCUUCAAUCCUGUACCUCGUAACUCUGGAGUCAGAAACCUGCUGCUAGUUCUCCAGUACAUGUACAAUGCCAACAUGAGGAUUGCAGAGCCUCGAAGGAUUCCAGAAAGCGAUUUUUAUCUGUUCUUUGAUGAAACUUUUCUUGUGGAUGAUGUGCUCCUUUGGCGUUCCUGGUCACAACAUAAGAAAGCGAAUGCUGAGCCACUUAUCUUCUGUAGCUUUCCAAUAGUAAUGGAUCUGCAGUCAAAGAAAAAGGCUUUUGACAUGAAUGCUUUCUUCACCAAGGUGGAAACAACAAAGUGCAUCUACCGGCGUGUGCUUUCUGAAUGUAGAUUCCCACAGCCUGCAGACCUGUUCUUUGAACUGGACCUGAGGCGAGCAUCGGUUUUGGAAGACACCUUUGAACAACUGGCUGAUGCUUAUCACAUUGACUACAAGAAGGAACUUGCGGUUUAUUUUGAUGACAACCACGAAAUCGAUAAUGUCUACAUGAAAGACUUUUUUUACGAGGUGUUUCAUGAGAUGGUGUCACCCGCAUCCGGGAUGUUCAUGUUCAAUGACUCUGAAACUCUGGCAUGGUUCACUUCCAGAGCAGCACAGGAGGACCAGAGAUACUUCCAGUUUGGGGUUCUGUGUGGACUGGCUUUAUACAACCGCUGCAUUGUACACUUACCCUUCCCACUGGCUCUGUUCAAGAAGCUGCUUGGUGUGAGGCCUUCACUGGAUGAUAUGAUAGAAUUCAGUCCAUGUGUUGGCAAGAAUCUGCAGUACAUUUUGGAAGUCUACAAAGAUGAUGACAUAAAAAACUUGGACAUGUUUUUUACAAUCAGCUGGGAUGGGACGGAGGUUGACCUUGAUCCUGAAAAUCCUGAAAAGCCAGUGACAAGUCAAAAUAAGAAGGAGUUUGUGGAUGCCUACGUGAAUCAUGUGUUCAACACGACCGUGGAGGGUGUCUUUCGGGAGUUCAAGCGAGGCUUCUUCCUGGUGUGUGACCGAGAUCUGGUGAAGUUGUUUCGGCCAGAGGAGCUGCAGGGAGUGUUGGUGGGCAAAGACUUUCAUGACUGGGAAAAACUGAAACAGAACACAACAUAUAAGGGGGAGUUCGAUGUUGACCACCCCACCAUACAGAUGUUUUGGGAGGUUUUUGAUGAGCUGAAUGAGAAUCAGAAGAAAGCUUUUCUUUGGUUUGUGACAGGUUUUGAAAGGGAGCCUAUUCUUGGCAUGGAAAAGAUCAACAUGACAGUCGGCGUUAAACAAGUCCAGGACGGCUCGUUUGACCAGUACUACCCUGAGACACAUACAUGUUUCUCAGCCUUGGAGCUGCCCUUGUACUCAACCAUUGAGAUCAUGCGAACCAAGCUGACCGAGGCCCUAAGCAACUGUAAAGGGAUCCACAAUUGAUGGUGGGACUGGACCGCGACUAUUGACUGUUUACGUACUGAACAGAGGACUUAACAUUACAGAGAGCACUUUGCAAAUGGCUGACAAAGCCUUUUUAGCUACCUAUUCUUACUCAAAUCAUUCAUGCGUCAGAGUGAAAAUACUGAUAAAAGUAAUUUAUACUUGUAAUUAAUAUUUCUUUUCAGUCCAUCACCUCAAGGAAUUAAGUGUGGGGGUAGUAACUAGUAAUUUGAGAAAUGAGAGGAAAAGAGAAGAAGAGAAAGAAAGGGAUGAAAUGAAGAGGUAAAGGAAGAACAAGGCAAGUGAGAGCGGAAACAAAACGGAUGGGCGGGACCAAUAAAGGAAAACUGUGAUGAGAAGCUGCUGCUGUGAGCUUUUAUUUUUUUAUUAUCUUUAAAAUAUUUGACUGUUACUGCAGUGUUGUGUUAAUUAGUAGAUAUAACUAACUGGGCCCCUGAUAAUUGUGUGAGAUUAUGAAAUGUACUAUAUAAAAACAACCCAAAAUGCAUCACCCCUCUAAAGCCAUUGUUGGUGAUUUAUUGUUUAACAUUUAUUUCAAUGCAGUUCAGUUUCUUUAUAUAGCGCCUAAUCACAACCAAAGUUGUCUCAUGACACUUUUCAGUUAGAGCAGGUCUAGGACAUUAGAACAUUUGAUUUUGGGUCCAGUGUGUUGGAUUAUUAUUAAGUUAUUUGUGCUUUGAAAUGUUUGUAAAUAUGUAUUUUUGGCCAAAAGGAUUUAUUAUGAGCCUGUGCCAUAAAGCUGUUACAGUGUUAUCCUGUUAUGUUUAUAGAUUCACUCACACAUGUCUCUUAUGAAUCUAACUGUGGCUUUUCAUUAAAGAUGGCAGAUGGUUGUUGUA